CUUAACCGCCAUCAGUCUAGUGAAGUUAACUCUCGUACAAGGACUUUGUAGCUUUUAGCUGCUUUGAACGACCGACAGACAUACAAGAGCAUAUGUAUAUUUUCCUCGUUUAUACCCGAAGCUAAAACGUUUUUUUCCGGCCGCGAAUCUGUUCGUCUUCGACCGUUAACGUACUUGUAGCUAACGUGGCUAAUGCUAACGGCUAGCCGCUAUCCUGUCAGAGAGCAGCACAGUGUUGGUCAGUGCGGUUGAAAUUAAAGUUAGACAUGAAUUGCAAGUGUCUUGUGAAAUAAUGGUUUCAAGCUAGAUAUUAAAACACUAACCUACAGCAGAAUGAGGGCUGGUUUUGGUGUAAAAACGCAGCGGCUGAUCAGCAGAGUCUUCAUUCAUCCUGUCAGUCCUGCAGCAGUGCGAUGGCGAGCAGCUCAGAGCAGACUCUUCUGCAGCCCCUCAGCAGAUGAGGCAAAGCACAGACCCUCCAUGCUGCGACACCUGACCUCCAAAAUAAAAGCUACAGGUCCGAUUACGGUGGCAGAGUACAUGAGAGAGGUCCUCACCAACCCUGUGACGGGUUAUUAUGUGAGGAACAACAUGCUGGGACCCGACGGAGAUUUCAUCACAUCGCCAGAAAUCAGUCAGAUUUUCGGAGAGCUGGUCGGUGUCUGGAUCAUCAGUGAGUGGAUGGGAGCAGGUCAACCCAAACAGCUGCAGCUGGUCGAGCUCGGACCUGGAAAAGGAUCGUUGGCCAGCGACGUCCUCAGAGUGUUCAGUCAGUUGCAGUCGGUGCUCGGCAAGACCUCGGCGUCUCUCCACCUGGUGGAGGUGAGUCCGGCACUGAGUCGUCUCCAGGCCCAGAACCUGACCGGGAACCAGAGCCAGGAGGCAGACGCAGAGGACGAGCCGGUUUACCGCCGCGGGGAAACGGCCGCCGGGUUGCCGGUGUCCUGGUACCGCCGCUUAGACGACGUCCCCACAGGGUUCAGCAUCUUUCUCGCUCACGAGUUCUUCGACGCUCUGCCGAUCCACAAAUUUCAGCGGACGGAGAAAGGCUGGAGGGAGGUGAUGGUGGACAUCGACCCAGAGAAAGCGGACCAGCUGAGGUUUGUGGUGGCGCCGUCUCCCACUCUGGCCUCGUCCACACUCAUACAGGCAGGUGAAAGGCGGAGUCACGUGGAGGUGUGUGCAGAGGGCGGAGUCAUCGUCCAGCAGCUGGCCCGGCGGAUCGCAGAGGACGGAGGUGCGGCGCUGAUUGCCGACUACGGCCACAAUGGGACCAAGACGGACACGUUCAGAGGUUUCAAAGGUCACCGGCUCCAUGACGUCUUGUCCUCGCCCGGCUCCGCCGACCUCACCGCUGACGUGGACUUCAGCUACCUGCGGAGGAUGGCUGGAGGGGGCGUGGCCUGCCUGGGACCCGUCACUCAGAGGACCUUCCUGAAAAACAUGGGCAUCGACUCCAGGCUGCAGGUCCUGCUGAGGAACUGCAGCGACGUGUCCACCAGGAAGCAGCUGAUCAGCAGCUACGACAUGCUGACCAACGCCGCCAAGAUGGGCGAGCGCUUCCACUUCUUCAGCCUGCUGCACCACAGCCGGCUGGCCCAACCCAAGAAACCACAGGGGCUGAAGCUGGAGAAGAAGAGCCCGGCCCCGCUGCCUGUGGCCGGAUUCACCGAGCUCAGCUUCUCCUGAGGACUGGAAUGAUCUGAACUUUUCUACAGGGGUUUGGAGCUCUGACAGAUUAUCACGUUGAUGGGACGAUGCCGUUUCUACAGCUGAUAUUAAAGAAAUGUAUUCAUACAGAAGGAUGGCAGCGUGCACGUCUCUGAUUUAGAGAAAAAGAAGAAGUCUGGACCAGGUUUUAUGUCCAACAUGGAGUGAAAAUAAAGUCAGAUUCUCCUCAAGUCAAAUGUAAAUUUUGAUCUAAAAAUGCAAGAAAAUAAAACAU